AUGGCUGUUGAAGCGGACAGAUUGCUCAAGAAGGACUCAAAUCACAACAACAAUAUCUCAAUUGCCAAGAAUCAUAUUUGGUGCUUCUGUCACAAGCUGGCCCUCAUCCUCAAUGCUGGUCUCAAAUCAAUCGCGGAAUCAUCCGAGUCAGGCCAAGUGGACCCAAUGGCCAACCCCUUUGAUCAAGAUGGUUUUGUAGAUGAUUCAGACUCUGAUGACAGCGAAGACAAAGGACCAGCAGUUAGGGAGUUGAAUGUUAUUGAGAAGAUAUUGAAGAAGUUCAAGAGCCGCAAGCGGGGGUAUAUUGCACAGAAUGUCAUCAAAAAACUGAUUGAAAACGAGCAAGACAGACAAGAUCACGAGGGAGGCAAGAACCACUUCAACGAAUACGAAAUCACACAAAGCGACUGGGACAUUGUCAAGAAAUUGAAUGAUAUCAUCAGUGAAUUCUAUUAUGUCACUAAGAAGAUGGAGGGCGACAUCCCAUCGGCAUCAAUGGUCCUCGCUAAAUACCGGCUCCUGCAACAAUACCUAGAGGGCAAGCUCAGCACCAUCAAUGAGGAUGAAUUCAAGAACAUGAUCAACACCAUGCUCAAAAAAAUCAAUACCUACAUCAACAAGGCUCUUGCAUGUGAUGCCAUUCUUCUCGCCACAGCUCUCAACCCCAGCUACCGCCUGUCAAUGAUCCAGAAGUGGUACCCCUUGGCCUUCCCCCGCGCACAAGCCAUUCUUGAAGCCAAAUUCCAACAACGCAAACAGGCACUCAAUGACCAGGAUGCAAGAGAUGAAGACACACCUCCACCCAAAAAGAACACAACCCUGGCCCCCGGUGGUGGACUGGAGGAAGAUGUCAACUUUUUUUUGGAUGCUGCCAACGCUGAAACAGAUACGGUAUCUGCCAUGUAUCUGCCAUGUAUCACUAUUGUUGAUGCUGCGCCAGAGAACUACGACAAACUGGCAGCAUACCUUGGGGGCAAGUAUUGGCUCCCCUCUUCACAGGCUGCUGACUGCUUAACUUGGUGGAAGUUGGGUUCGUUCAUUUCAUAUUUCAAGUUCUGA